CCCGGCCAGAGGCGGUCGCGGCGGCGGGGAAAGGGGAGGGGAGGGCCGGAGCUUCUGCUGACCCGGCCCCGGCGUGCGUGCGUGCGUGCGUGCUUGUGAGCCGGGCUAGGGCGGCGGUGUAGGGGGCUGCCUGGCUCCCGGGCCACGUUCCCUUUUCCUACGCCUGGAUUCGAGGGGUUCCCGAGGGAAGCCGGGCCUGAGGGCCCCGCCGCCCCGGGGUCGCGGGGCGGGGCGGCGGCGAGGAGCCAGGGAGGGGGUGGGGAAGAAGAUGGAGGGAUUAACGCUGAGCGAUGCGGAGCAGAAAUACUACUCCGAUCUCUUCUCCUACUGCGACAUCGAGAGCACCAAAAAGGUGGCGUCCAACGGGAGGGUGGUGGAGUUGUUCCGGGCCGCGCAGCUCCCCAACGAGGUGGUCUUACAGAUUAUGGAACUUUGUGGUGCAACAAGACUUGGCUAUUUUGGAAGAAGUCAGUUCUAUAUUGCUUUAAAACUUGUGGCUGUGGCCCAAUCUGGUCUCCCAUUAAGAGUGGAAAGCAUAAAUACGGUAAAGGAUCUCCCCUUGCCCCGAUUUGGAGCCUCAAAGAAUGAACAAGAAUCUCGACACACAACCUCAUAUUCUUCAGAUACUGAGAAUCAAGGUUCCUAUUCAGGUGUAAUUCCUCCACCACCUGGUAGGGUACAGGUCAAAAAGGGCUCUGUUAGCCAUGAUGCCGUCCAGCCACGUACAUCUACAGAUCAACAGGAAUCCACAUCUCCAGUAGUUUCACCCCAGCAGUCCCCUCCAACUUCUCCACACACAUGGAGGAAGCAUAACCGCCACCCCAGUGGAGGAAAUAAUGAACGUUCUCUUGCUGGACCUGGGCCCUUUUGGUCACCAUUUAGUGAGGCACAAACAGGUUCUUCAGCUGGUGAUGCAGUGUGGUCUGGCCAUUCUCCACCUCCACCUCAAGAAAACUGGGUCAGUUUUGCAGAUACUCCACCAACCAGUACUCUUUUAGCCAUGCAUCCUGCUUCUGUCCAGGACCAGACAACAGUACGAACUGUAGCAUCAGCUACAACUGCCAAUGAAAUUCGUAGGCAAUCCAGUAGUUAUGAUGAUCCCUGGAAAAUAACAGAUGAACAAAGACAGUAUUAUGUAAAUCAGUUUAAAACCAUUCAACCUGAUCUAAACGGAUUUAUUCCAGGAUCUGCAGCUAAAGAGUUUUUUACAAAAUCAAAACUCCCUAUUCUUGAACUUUCUCAUAUUUGGGAACUCUCAGACUUUGAUAAAGAUGGCGCUUUGACACUGGAUGAAUUUUGUGCUGCUUUUCAUCUGGUAGUUGCUAGGAAGAAUGGUUAUGACUUACCUGAAAAACUACCUGAAAGCUUAAUGCCCAAACUGAUUGAUUUGGAAGAUUCAGCAGAUGUCGGAGAUCAGUCAGGUGAGGUAGGUUACUCAGGGUCUCCUGCAGAAGCACCUCCAAGCAAGUCACCAUCAAUGCCAUCAUUAAACCAGACCUGGCCAGAACUGAAUCAGAGCAGUGAGCAGUGGGAGACAUUUAGUGAACGCUCUUCAAGCUCACAAACUCUGACCCAAUUUGAUUCUAACAUUGCACCAGCUGAUCCUGAUACUGCUAUUGUCCAUCCAGUUCCCAUUCGAAUGACUCCAAGCAAAAUUCACAUGCAGGAAAUGGAACUUAAAAGAACUGGAAGUGAUCACACUAAUCCCACUAGCCCAUUACUUGUGAAACCAUCUGAUCUUUCAGAAGAAAAUAAGAUAAAUUCAUCAGUAAAAUUUGUUUCUGGAAAUACAGUUGCAGAUGGGUACAGUAGUUCAGACUCUUUUACCUCUGACCCAGAGCAGAUUGGAAAUGCUGUAACUCGGCAACGGUCACAUUCAGGAACAUCUCCAGAUAACACUGCACCCCCACCCCCACCUCCAAGACCUCAUCCUUCCCAUUCUAGAUCAUCAUCUUUAGAUAUGAACAGAACCUUUCCAGUCACAACAGAAUUAUGCCCCUUGAAGUCAGAGACUGUGCAUUUUUGGCUUUGUAUCUCCAGGACUUCAAAGAACAAAUUGCAUACAGGACAACAACAGGCUGGAGUUGUUGCCCAUCCUCCUGCAGUGCCUCCAAGACCACAGCCUUCACAGGUUCCAGGUCCUCAUGUGCAUCGCCCAGUAGAUGCUGAAGGCCUAAUAACUCACACUAGUACCUCACCUCAACAGAUACCAGAACAACCAAAUUUUGCAGAUUUCAGCCAAUUUGAAGUAUUUGCUGCAUCUAAUGUAAAUGAAGAACCUGAUGAUGAAGCUGAAAAGCAUCCAGAAGUCUUGCAGGUUGAAAAAUCUUCUGAUCCUUCAGGUUCUCUUAGAGUUGCCAAAACAGAUGGAAGAAUUGAGGAAAAGACAGCUGCUAGUGCUCCUGCCAAUGUGGGCAAAAGCACAACACCUCUUGCUCCACCUCCUAAGCCUAUUCGUAGAAGAUUAAAAUCAGAGGAUGAACUAAGACCAGAAGUUGAUGAGCAUUCACAAAAGACAGGUGUUUUAGCUGCUGUUCUAUCUUCACAGCCUUCUAUACCUAGAUCAGUUGGGAAGGAUAAGAAAGCUAUUCAGGCAUCAAUUAGACGGAAUAAGGAAACCAAUACAGUUUUGGCCAGAUUGAAUAGUGAAUUGCAGCAACAAUUAAAGGAUGUUCUUGAAGAGAGAAUUUCCCUGGAAGUUCAACUGGAACAGCUUCGGCCAUUCUCUCACCUUUAAGCCAAUUGCCGUUAACUGUGAACAUAUUCAUUUUUAAUGGGGUAUCAGGCUCUCUCUAAGCCAGUUUGAAGACCAUUUAGCUCACUGCUCUCUCUUCAUGUUAAAAUUUGUGGUUGUUUGUUUUGUCCUGUAUGUUCACCAUUGUAUUUAAGUUUUUUGUUUGUUUUUUUUUUUUAAUUUCAAUAAUAAAGAGGGCCAAGAUGACCUUUUUCUGGAAAGAAUGUUGUAUUUGUUGCCACUCCCGAUCCUUGCUGACCCCCAACAUAAGGAGUAUACGAUAUUGGUCUAUUGUAUUAUGUUUAAGUGGCCAAAACUUUAAACUGGAAUUUAUGUACAUAAUGGGCUUCUCAGCUGCAUGUCAAGCACUGUCCACAGAAAUGUCUUUGUAGAAAAGAAAAAACAGUAAAGUGUAAUGACUCUCGUAGAGUUGUUACUCUUUGAGUUCCAUUCUUUUCAUAUUCACUGUCUGAAAGUAGAUCAUUAAAACAAACUUCCUUCAUAGUCUUUAAAAUUGUCAGUACUGUAGUAGGCAAAGCAUUCUCUGCCUACCUACUAGGUACAGGAAAAGCAGCCUGUCUCUUUGCAAUAAACCAAAUCAUCCAGGGUGCCACAGAGUCUUUGCAGGCUGCCUUGCCAUAUCAAUCAAGUUGUCAUAUUUCCUACUUUCUUAAUAACCUUAUGAAGUAUAGUCAAAAGUCAUCUGUCAUGUUUUCCACGCUUUUUUGAUUUAUCAGAAUUCAUGCAAACAACUAUGAUGAAACCUAGUGGUCCUUUCUUUUCUCAAGUCUCUUCUGCGGAGAAAAAAGGGGAAAGGGGAAAUUUUAUCCCUAAGAGAGAUUAAAUUUUCUCCACAACCAUCAUUUCUAUCUGCAUGUUCCACACACUUUUAUCUUUUAAUAAUUCAUGUCCACCAGUCUUUACUGUAACAGAUUGUCAUAUAUUGUGUGUCAAUACCUCUAUGGAUUUUAAUUCCAACAAAAAUUACUUAGGAUUUCUGGGUUAUUGUCUGUCAUCUUGUCACUAGCCUUAUUCUUUGGGCAUAUAGACAGGCUUUACACCAUUAACAGAGUUCCUUGAGUGUAUCCUACUAUUCAGGUUGAUGUACUGUAUUAGGAUUUGUUGUAUAUUGUAUGAUACAUACCUUUUGAUCUCAUGUAAAUUUGCUUUAAUUGCUGACUAACAGCAGAUAAUCUAUUUAAUGGCUUAUUCUGGCUGUGGGAUCAUAGAUGUUAAACUGCAUGGAUGUAUCUCAGCAGAAUCAGAACUAGCAAUUGUGUGAUUUUUUUUACACCAAUAAAACAGCACAAUAUUUUCA